AUGCUAAUUUCCGGAGUCGGAUCGUGGACUUGGUACAUUCCCAGACGUUUCGCCGGCAUCGUCAGUCAUCGCCUUGUCAUUCUUAGCACCACACUGCAACUCGUCAAAGAGACACGUGAAGCCCAUCCUUUGACCAGACGUGUUCUAACCAGUUGUGGUAUCUCUCCUUCUGUCCUGGGCUAUCCACCCAUCCUACAUCCUCGUGCUACUCAAGGCGUUGUUCUACACUCUGCCUCAAGCUUUUGA